CUCCCACAAUGCACUUCGCGCAGAUGGAAUGGCGCCUUUACUCGAGGAGGUGGAACUGUAAUUCUCAACCAUAACAUUCAUUUCAAGACAGCUAUCGUGCAUUUCCCUCUCACAUUGGGUAUUACAUUUUUAAAUCGUUUUAUCGGGAAGAUAGCAGCACGUGUAUGAUGGCUCCGUUCGGUUUGAUGUCAGUCGGUGCUAAUCUUUUGGUAAAGUCUUUGGGGUUGUUCUCCAGUGCAUCUGUUGUGAGGUGUUCAUGUGUGGCUCCAGUGUUAAAGAGUUUUAGCACCACAACCGGGGGCCCUCCUAAGAGACCCAUGACAGCAUACAUGACAUAUGUGAAAGAGAUGCAUCCCACCAUCAGCAGACAAAAUCCAGGAGUCAAGAAUGUGGAUAUUGUCCGAAAGUUAGCACAGCAGUGGAAAAUGCUGACCCCUGAACAGAAGCAGCCAUUUCAGAAUGCAUCUUUAUCGUACAGGGAGCAAUAUAAGUUUGCUCUGGAGAAAUACAAAGCCCAACUGACCCCUGCACAAACUGCUGCUCUUGCAGUAGAAAAACAACAAAAAGUGGCCAAAAGAAAAGCAAUUAGGAGAAAGAAGGAGCUGAACAGUCUUGGAAAGCCCAAACGCCCCAGGGGCGCCUUCAACAUCUUCAUGUCGGAGCACUUUGAGGAGGCAAAAGGAUCUACUAUACAGUCAAAGAUGAAGUCACUCAGAGACGACUGGGAGCGUUUCAGUGCAACACAGAAACAAAUGUACAUUCAGCUGGCGGAGGACGACAAAGUCCGUUACAAGAACGAAAUAAAAUCGUGGGAAGAGCACAUGAUAGAGAUUGGAAGGGCAGACCUUGUUCGGGGAAAGGAGAGGAGAGCCGUCAAAGCCAAAACUACUAAAGACACAAAGAAGAAAAUCACAGUGCUAAAGGCAAAGGCACCAAAAAAGAAGACGGCAGUGAAAAAGACUGUGAAGAGCACCAAGAAGUGAGAUGAUUUAUGUGACUUUGUUUAGACAGAACGUGUUGUACAAAGGCCAAUGCCGUCCUCAAUAAAAAGCCAGUGCUUUUGGUUA